AUGCAUCGUGCGUUAGCCAUACCCGAGAUCGUCUUCACGAUAUGCAAUGCCUUUGUGGUCGACCAGGGACACGUUGAAGGCCAGGGUCCCUACGUUGUCUCGGAUACUCGCGCAUUGGCGGCCUGCGCACGGACGUCUCGUGCAUUCCAUCUCCCCGCCAUCACGGCCCUCUGGAAGGACAAGUACCUGACCAUCGAGGAUGUUGUCUAUUGCCUGCUUCCCGCGGACGUAUGGCGCGUGGCUGAUAUAGCAAUCACGUACCCUUUCGAUUGUAUAGGGAAUCGCAUGGCGCUGGCUCGCUCCAUCACUGUACAAGACACUGAACGGCUGGUCAAAUAUGCGCCACUCACGAAUGCGCUGGUGUUUGGCGGCGCCUCCAGCUAUAGUCAUCGGUCUCAUGUCAGGGGCUACUCUCGGAACCAGGAGGGACUGCUGGAUCUGUCAGACGAGGGCUAUUAUGCUCUGUCCGUCCUCUUUCCCGAAAACCUCUUUCCGAAUCUGCGCCAUAUCUACUGGAACGACUUGAGCGCCAACCUAGCACACAUACGCUCGUUUCUUGGACCAUCCAUCGUCUCGAUCCAUCUGUACAUUCACAAGUCCCCCUUGUCCAGCCUCUCUAUUGUGCCGCACCUCCCAUUGCGAUGCCCUCACGUGCAAGACUUCCUGUAUAGGCUGGAUGCAUCAGUCGUGUCGCAGCGGCGGUCGCACCAUGAGAAGCUGGUGUUGAAUGCGGUUUCCGCCUGGAACUUGCGCGCCAUCGAGACUUCGAUCAUCAGCGAGCCUGUCCUGUGCCAUCUCAGCCGGUGUCCUUCCAUCCACUCGGUCAAGUACCUUCUGGCCGACCACUCCAGGCAAUGGAAGGCCGCCGGUCUCAGCCAUCCCAACGCAUUCUCUUCCCUCUGCGAGCUCUUCUUGCACCUCAUCCCCAUGAAGUUCGCCAUAGACUUCUUCCAAGGUUGCAGAUUCGACCAUCUUCGGAACGUCUUCGUGCGCGUCAUCAGGCCAGGCCGCGGAGAGUGGCCGUCUCUGUUGCGCGCAUUCCGUGCCGCCCAUCGACAGCCCCAGGUCCUGCUUGAACUCCAGAUAAACGAAUGGACGUCGACGGAGGAGAGCGAUCGCACGCCCCUGUCGGACGCUGACAUGGAGCCUCUUUUCACCUUUCCUUCGAUUGAGAACCUCGUCCUCGAGAGCGCGGGCGGCUUCGACUUGUCCAACGAGACGGUGGAGCGGAUGGCGAUGGCAUGGCCCCACAUGCGCAAUCUGCGGCUGUGGGUCAAGACGCCGCCUACAUGGACGCGCCGCCUCACCAUUGACGCCCUCACCGCCCUCGCCCAUCAUUGUCCUGCACUCGAAACGCUCGAGAUCGACUUCGACGCGACCGGCAUCACGCUCGCGCGCAAUCCACGGCGUCCGCCUCUGCCUCCCUCUCUGAGCAUGAUGAACGUGCAGUGGUCGCCAAUCACGAGCGCACGGGUGGUCGCUGCGUAUCUAUCUGUCAUCUUUCCUCUUCUCGCCGAUGCGUCUAUGGCAGACGAGGCAGAUGAGGAGAUGCAGAAGCGGUGGAAGAGGGUCGGCUCGUCGGUCGCGCUGUUCAGAAAGAUACGGCAGCAGGAGCGAAUGGAUGUCUUGGGAGAGGAGCCUGCGCUGGAGGAUGUGGUCCAGGACGACGAUUUCGAAUCCGUUUCCGAGGAGGAUCCCAUGGACUCAGAUUGA